CCGUCCCCAACUUUUACACUCACAAUUUGCCAAAACUGGUCCUUUGGAACAGUCGCAACAGUUUGCGAUUCCGGUAUAUCCACAACGACAACUCCAAGAAUAACCAAAAGUACAUCAAGCCCCAGUCUAACAACUAGGUCAUCUACAGCUAUAUCUUCCAGUUCUCUCUUUCCAUCACAAUGCCACCGAACGCCCGCCCCUCCGCGACCCUUUUUUACGACGACUCAACGACGCCCGAGGUGCCUUCGUCCGCACGGCACGGUUCCAACUUGGGGCUCAAGAAUGCCAUUGCAGAAAUGCUGGACAAGCAUGCGGAUACGGACGGUCUUUCCAAGAUCAGCUCGGACAACGAGGACUGGACCGACGUCAAGCACAGCGAACGGAAGAAGCGCGAUCGGAUUCUCGACGAUGGUGUCCUGAUUGGGCUCAUGAAAAAGUCAGACUAUCAAGGUUUUAAGCGACUCGCUAUCAAUCUUACCAUCAUGGCUGCGACGGCCUUUGCGAUUCACCGUCUCAAUGUGCUCCCGGCGCUUAUUAUCCGCCAAUCGCCAUGGACGGUAUCCCAGCUGGCCACUUUUGUUCCGCUGUACUUUUUCUACGGCUUCCAAUUUCAGUGCUUUGCCUUUGCCGGUCAGCACGAGUUUCUCCACCGUAACGCGUUCAAGACCAAGUGGUACAACGACGCGGUACUCUUCCUAACGGGAUGUUUCUGUUUCGAACUAGGGGAGCAUGAACGCGUAAUGCACAAACAACACCACACUUACACCAACCAUAUUGACAAGGAUCCCGAGCUCACUAGCUACUACACACGCGAACAACUCGAGAAUCCAGGCUUCCGCAACGUCCCCUUUACGCGAUUCGGCUACUUGCGGCAAUUUUUUGACAUUUUCAACACCUUCAAGUGCCGGGCGGGGCGCAUUGUGUUUUCCGCCCUCGGAGUGCCAGUCGACUACAGUGGAACUGGCUGGAGUCUCCGCGACUUCAACUACAGUCGAGAAAGCGGAAUUUUGCGUAGAUUGCAAAUGACCGCCAUUGCCCAGCUCGUCUUUUACACGAGCAUGAUGGGUUUUUUUGGACGCACCCGUCAAGGAGCGGCGGCUCUAUUGUUUUGGUGGAUUGUCCCGGUAUUGAUUGGCUACCCGGUCGUCAAUUACUUUCGAAAUCUUGAACACGCUGACUGCGAAGUGUCCAAACUCAACAACAAUUUGCGCAACACGCGGUCGGUCCGCACUAACCUCCUUGUACGACUACUGUUGUGGGAUACUAAUUUCCACGCUGAGCACCACUGCUAUCCGAUGGUGCCCUUUUUCAAUCUCCACAAACUCAACCAGCUUAUGUAUGAACACGUGCUGCACAACGAAAAGGAUCAUUUCACGACGCAGAACUGGCAAGCCUUUAAGCCCGGCGGUUGGAUUGAUCAACAGUCCAGGCGCAUGGCGACCUUUGCUGACAAGAGCGAAUAAAAAUGGAAACCAGCAGGUGUUUCCGGGAUGAUUUUUGAAUGAUGCGGGCGUUCACAACAGACUCCGUACUCAAUCGCUAGCUAUCGCUAUGGCUACUUUACCUACAUCUAUAUUUCCUCCUUUGACGGGCUGGUGCGGCAUGCUUCGGCCGACACAUUCCGAGCCGGCUUUUUGAACGGCACUUUUUUGCGCAAAUCGUAGCGCACGUUCAGUAUCUAGUUUUUAUAUUUUGGUUGA